UCAAAACAACUCUUUUUGUUUACAAACGAAACUUCACUCGCACGCCGUUCAUCAGCGCAGCAGCCGUACCGGUACUUCUCUUCAAUUUCCUCGUUCCUGAGCUCUUUGCAAUUCAAAUUACUACUAUAUAGUAACGUUGAGUAGAUCUGACGAAUGCCAAGAUCGAGACGAAAGAGGAAAAUGCUGUAUUUCUCAGGAGUUAUUUGACAGCACCUCUCCAAUCAACCAUCAAUAAAUUCUACCUCAGAACCACUCUUCUGCCAUUUUGCAUUUUUUUUUACAAUUAUCAAAAGUUGCCCAUUGACACCCAUCGACCAUUUGGUAAAGAUCUUGAAUUUAUUCUGCCAAGAAAUACUCUGAGCAUUACUCUCAUCACUUGACAUUCUAUCGCCAUGGGUCAUAUUCUGGAGCCAAACAGCGACUAUCCUCUCUUGCCGUAUGAAGCUCCCGAGUGGACAUCCCGACUGGCAGUCAUUCCAAAGUAUCGAGUUCAGUUGGGAUGUCUCGGAACACCUAUUCAGCGAUGGCGUCUUCCGGGAAUCCCUGAGGAUUUUCAGGUCCACAUCAAACGCGAUGAUAUGACAGGCAGUGUGCUCUCAGGAAAUAAGGUUAGGAAGUUGGAGUUUUUAAUGGCUGACUGCGUUGACCAAGGCUGUGAUUCCAUCAUGACGUGUGGUGGCAUCUUUUCAAAUUCUUGCCGAGCCGGAGCCAUUGCUGCCCGUCAAAUGGGACUGGACAGCCAUCUUUUCCUUUGGUCUGAAAAGACGGAUCUGCCGUUCACAGGAAACGCUUUGCUUGAUCGUCUGGUGGGCUGUAAUUUCUACCUCAUGCCAUUAGACUGCCCUCUGGAGACCGAAGUAUACCCCCGCAUGAAACAGCUUCAGAACCAUAUCCAACAAACAAGCAAUAAGAAGGCUUACAGACUGCCGUUUGGUGGAUCCAAUGAGAUUGGAGUAUGGGGCUACAUUGAAUGCUUCCGUGAAUUGAUGGGCCAGGGUCUUCUUGACCGAUUUACAGAUGUUGUAAUAGCAGCAGGGAGCAGCGGUUCUGUGACUGGCCUUGCUAUUGGAAACUAUCUCACAGGAAGCAAGCUGAAGAUACACGGAUUUGCUGCCUGCAAGGACAAGAUGUUUUUCUACGAUCUCGGUGACAAGACACUCAAAUCUCUUGGUCUGCAGGGCGAGGACGGCACUGGGGUCAAAGCCGUUGACAUCAUGCACAUCCGUGAUGAAGUAGUGGGCAUCGGGUAUGCCAUGAAUACUGCUGAAGAAUUAGAAUGCAUCGAGCAGGUUGCGAGUAACACGGGUAUCCUCGUCGACCCUGUGUACUCCGGGAAGGCCACCUACCAUCUCAUCAAGCUAAUGAAAGAGAAACCAGGAACGUUCAAGGGAAAGAAGAUUCUAUUCAUUCACACAGGCGGUGUCUUUGAUCUGUUCAGCGGUGCCGUUGGUUCUCGGCUCACAAAGAAAGGACAUGAAGAAAACAAAGUCUAUGACUGGAUGUCGCUCUCAGACAAAGUCCCUGAUAAAAUCUCGACUACAUGUUAGCUGCAUUUUUUUCUUUCUCAUCUGUACAUAAAAGGAAUAUAUAUUUUUCAAGAGGAAGUAUCUUCAAAGGACAUUUAUCUAAUAUUGCUGAAAUGCUUUAUGUUGUCAUGGAAUUUAACCAUUCCUAUUAAGUAUAAGCAGACUAUUAUUAUUUGAAUAUAUGUACAUCACUAUCAUGUACUAUGUGAUUCAUUUCCACAGUGGGGAUAUUGUAUUUACGUUUCCCUUUAUUUAAUUUUGCAUUUUUUUGCAAUUUUAAGUAAUGAGUUGAUAAUUUUUACAUUUCGCCUCUUAUUCCCCUUUGACAAUGUGAUGUGCUAAUGUUAUUUAUUUUUAAUUUUGUUUUAUGUUACUGGUAGAGAGAUGAGUCCAUGCCUUUAUUACCUGAUUAGGAAUUUUGGAUAUGUCUCGUAACAUAAAGCUUAAUCACGGGGCUGACAAUCGAUUAAUAAUCAAUACAAUCACAAUCAAUAUAAUCAAUUUUAUAAAUUUAGUGAUUAAUCUGCAAGCUGUAUCUGAGACCUUUUCAUCAACUUGAAUACUUGAUCAAGGUUGAAUGAAAAAAGUGUUUGGAAUUUGCACCUUGUAAGAGGAGCAAAUGGAAACAAGUCCAAUCCAAUUGUGUGCAUGUUUUUUUGCAUUAAUGUUAGUUUGCUUAGAGAGCCCAUUGUCAACGUUCUCAUGCUGUGUAGUGUCUGAUGCAGAAAGACUACUUGCUAACUACUACAUGUAAAACCCAAGUAAAAAACAAUUCGAUAGGUGCCAAAAGGUUAGCCAAGUCAUUGUGCACUUUUGUCUGCCGAACAAGGUUUGAAAAUAAAUGCAGUGUGAGUUUACAAGUAGUGAUCACCUGACCGAGAUGCUUCAGUACCUUAAAUGGUUAGUUUGUGUACUUGGGGUGCAUUUUGGGAGAUACAAGUGUUGAGUUCCUCUGCUUAAGGCUGCCAAAGUGAAAAAAGAAGAAGUUUUGAAUGAUCCCUUUUUCGAAUUCCAGCCAUUGUGUAUGAAUUUACUUAAUGUAUGAAAGUCCCAAAUUAGCCUUGGGCAUUGUGGUCAAUUUAAAUUUCUAUCUUUGUUCUUCAUGACGAUCGUAUCCUAUCUUAUUCUUUGAGAAUCCAACUAAAGGACUAUAGCAGACCUAAGUGUACCAAGUCUAUGAUUCUCUUUUAACCAUAGGGAUAGAAGUGUCUCCUCUUUGUCACAUGUGACUUCGUCAGGAAAUAUUUGCAUUAUCCCACUCAAAGCCAGUCAAUAUUAUAUGAAAGUAUUCCUCUGUUGCAUUAUGGGUAUCUCCACCUAUUGGACAUUAAUUAUCUUUUGGUAUUAUGGAAAACAUUCUUUGCAAAUCCUAUUAUUUUUUGGUGAUCACUUUUUCUGUCAUUAGCUUACAUUCAUGGCCUGAUCAUUUAUUUUUUUUUAAUCCAUGUACAAAACAUUUGCAAUCAAACCUGUCUUCUUGCUGCUACUUGUCUGGUGAAACUUUUCUUUAAUGAAUGGUCAUCAAGAUUGUCACUCGAUAGAAAGGAAUGUGUUAUACAUCCUGUCUACAAUGGUCCCUUUUUUCUGUUGUCCUUAGAUGGUCUUAAUAGACAGGUUUGACUGUAAUUUUCAGGCCAGCCAUCUUAUUUAUUUACUGUCACUCAUGUUGGAUAAUGUUUGUACUUUGCAGUAAUGGUUUGAUUGCAAGGUGAUUUUGAAUAUUUUAGGUAUCCACGGUAUUCGAAAUAUUUUUUUUGUAUGUCAAUCAUUGUGCCAAAAUAAUGCAAAAAAAUGAAAAUAGGAAAUAAAAAUUUGGAUGUAAUAUUGGGAAGGGGAGAUGUAUUUGUGUGUGGAUGAGGGGGUGUGUGUGUUAGUGAGAGAGAGAGAGAGAGAGAGAGAGAAUGAAAAUUGGGGAAGGGCAGUGUUAGGGGAAAAAUAGAAAUAUGAAGAUAAAUAUUUUGCAAAUAGGGA